AUGCUGACACGGAGGGCCCGCAGGCCACCCAGCUGGCUUGGGGAUUGGUUCGCGGUGGCGGUCGUCCUUCGCGGCCUGGACUGGACGGACGCGGCCCAGCUGGUGGCCCUGGUGAUGGGCAGCGCCACGCUGCUGUAGCAGCACGUCACGGCCGCCCUGCUCAACUACAUCACCAAGGAACCCAGAGCGGAGGUUCGUUAUCGAGACUGACACAGGACGUUGGGAGCGCUAAAAGUUGGAUUUUUUACUCUCUUCAGUGUGGAACAGCUACAUUGUGAAUGUGACUUAACUAUGAAAAUAUUGUGCCUAUUUAUUAUGUAUUAGUACAUCAGUGACCUCAAUAAUGAUCAAUAAAAAGCACUGAUUUGGACUAACUUGAAUGAAAGAGACAGAGAGCACCUUUAAAAAGAGAUUUUAUUUCCAAACAGUUGAAAAAAUACCUCUUAAGGCAGUGAGGAGCAUUUAAGGAACGAGUGAAUGUGAAGGCAGUGAAAAUAGAAAUAUUAGCGAUGCAAGAUAUCCCCCCCCCCCAAACACAUACUGAUAACUUUCUGCUUCUCAAGACCAAUAUGAUACCGAUAACCGAUAGUUUUGUGCACACCUGGGAGUAAGAACGACUGGAACAAAUUAGGAUUUGCUAAUGUGUCCUAAUGAAAUAUCAUGACAUCACUACUAUCAGGAAACCAGAGUAUAGAGGGGGAGGAGCCACCUGCUGUGGCCCAGCAAGGUGCACUGUAUUCAGGCACACGCUCCGAGCAGUCGGUGUGACGCCACACAGGUCUCUGGCAAACCUUUUGAACUUUUCAAACACCACCACGCUGGCGUUUCAGGUGUCUGGUAAAGGUUUUUGUGUGCUCCAUAGGUUUUUUUCUCCUCAUCGCGGAGCAUUUGGUACAAGGGCCUUCCGUUUGUUUCCAAGUGAGCUCAGGGGAAGUUAGGACAGGCCAUUAAUGUCUCAGGCAGGAGAAAAAAGGAGCGCUUCAUUUGCUCACCUGCACAGUAUCGGUAAAGUAUAGGUUAUCAGAGUGUGUGUGUUUCAGGUAGAAGUAGUGAGGCAGUGUGCUUUGACAUUAGACAAAGGCACCAUAGUGAGCUGCAGUACCAAGUGUGUGUGAUAUCGUACUCACGUUGAAAAGUGCAAAAAAGGGUGAAAUCACUAGUGUGCUCAGUGGGCCUCCUGGUGUAGCAGUGGCCCCGCUGUCAAAGGCAGUAAAGCUAUGUGCCACAAGUACAUUUCAUUUUCAUUUCAAAGAAAAAGAAACGGAGACUUUACACUGUACAACGAGCAGAGAGGAAGCUUCUAGAACUGAUCUGAGAGCAGAUCACAAAGUCUCUGAGACACAGAGUCCCUGCUGGUCCUCAGCGUGAGACGAUACAUCUGACGGGACACAAACAACCUUACUACACACUCAACUCAUUUGUGUGUGUGUGUGUGCGCGUAUACAUACCUGCGCUUGUUUGUUGGGCUCCAGCCUGAGAAGACAUCCCACCUGAGAACUUUUACUGUGGACCACUCCAGCACCAACAAAGUUGGCAGGGUUUGGAUCAACACCCUCCAGCAGAGCCACACCAAAACCUAAAAUCUAACAAACCAAAAUCAUAUCUUGCACACUUUUCUAAUCACUGCGAAGAAAAAUCCACUUCAUUUGUGGUCUAUUUGUCCACCACUUUGUGGUGUGCAUUACUGCCACCUGCAGGCCUGGAAGAACACAUGUGUAGCGUAUUCCCUCCUUUAUCACACCUAAUUGAUUCCAGAAUUUACACAAGGAAGCAUUCCUUAUUCAUAAAUGGAAUAUUUUGGUAGUUGGAGCAUAGAAAACCUGUUGAUCACCUAAAUAAGUUUUUUAACAAACAUCUCUAGACAUGACACCCUUGUAGUCACCUUUCACUCCUAUUACCCAACAUAGUAGACAUAAUAAGACAUAGAAAACCUGUUUACCACCUUCUAAAUAUGUUUUUUAACAUUAGGGCCUUCUAAACAUGAAAGGUUUGUUUCUCAUAAUAUUACAACUUUUAAAAAUGAACUUUUUUCUUUAAUAUUUCAACCCUGUGCUAUUAACGACAAAGUUUAAGCUCAUAAAAUUGUGACUUUUCUUCUGGUUAGAUACAAUAAAUACCUUUUCCAAAUUAAUUUUCACAUUUUCCAAAAAUUAUAUUUUGUUUGUUUUUCAUAAUAUUACGACUCUUUAAAACAUGACACUUUUUAAAACUAUUUCAACUUGAUGAUGCUAAAAUGGUAUUUGUCCUCAUAAUAUUAGGUUA